AUGUCUAGAGUUUUUAUGGAUACCAUGUUUGGAGCCCUGCCAUUCUUAUCCGCUUUCGUUUCUUUUAUCCUUUCUUUCUCGAAUGGCUGUGGAAUUGAUGAAGAUAUUUUCAGUGUCAUUGAUUAUGGAGCCACGAGUGAUGGUUAUACAGAUAAUUCAAAGGCAUUUCUAGAAGCAUGGGAUGCGGCAUGCAGCUCCAUAAUUGAUUACCCAAGAGUGUACGUUCCACCAGACGGGACAUUUUUAUUAAACCCCGUCACUUUCCAGGGCCCAUGCAAUGCACUCAGAAUCAGUUUUGUGAUUUCGGGGGUGCUUGUUGCCCCAGAUUCUCCCAGCUUGUGGGAUGGGAUGGAUGCAAGUCAAUGCCCAAACACUGAUGGCAUACAUAUCCAAUCAUCUCAACAAGUCACCAUCUCCAAUUCUACAAUAAGCUGCGGAGAUGAUUGUAUUUCCAUUGGUGACCACAUUUCUGAUAUUGAAAUCUGCAGAGUUGAAUGCGGACCUGACCACGGUAUAAGCCCUGCUCUCAUCUCUCAGCUCCGCCGCUCUCGCCUCUCAAGCUCCGCGGACCGCCGCUCACUCACUUCUCUCAAGCUACGCCGCUCUCGUCUAUCAACCCCUGCUCGGCUGCUCUCGACCUAUCGUCUCUCGACAUCGCUCUCAAUCUCUCCACUGGCUUCGUCGGUUUAG